CGCGGUAUGCAAAUGAGGCGGCGGAGCGGUGCCGGGUGCGGGUGAUGUGACGUCACUUCCGUCGCGCGGCGUGUGACGUCAGGGCAGCAAUGGCGGCGCCGCGGGUGUCGCUGGGGGUGCUGAAGGAGCCGCUGGGGCUGAGCCGGGGCCUGCAGUGGUUUUUCUCCAUUUUCGCUUUCGCCACCUGCGGCUCCUUCCAGGGCUCCGUCACCUUCGGCGUCACCUGCGCGGGCGCGGCCAACGGCAGCCAGGUGACAAAUGUCACCGCCGCCUUCGGGUACCCCUUCAGGUUGAACCAGGCCGUGUUCCAGCCCUCCCUGACCCACCUGUGUAACCACACCUGGCCGCGGGACGUUCACCUGCUCGGCGACUUCUCCUCGGCCGCCCGCUUCUUCGUGGGCGUGGCCGUGGCCGCCUUCCUCUACAGCCUGGGGGCGCUGGGGGCCUACCUGGGCUACCUGCACCUGUACAGGUGGGCGGGGUCCCGCCUGCCCCUCCUGGACCUGCUGCUCUCGGGGCUGCUGGCCGCCCUGUGGCUCGUGGCCUCCUCGGCCUGGGCCCAGGCCCUGGGGCACGUGCGGGCGGCGACGGCCGCGCCCCUCCCCCACUGCCCCUCCCCCACCGGCAGCGUCACCUGCGCGCGCGUCGCGGCCACGCCCAUGGGCAGCCUGGGGGCCUCGGUGGCCUUCGGAUUCCUCAACCUCCUGCUCUGGGCCGGCGGCUCCUGGUUCGUCUACAAGGAGACCCCUCUGCACCGCCCGGCCCCGCCCCCCGACCCCGCCCCCUCCCCCAUGUGACCCCGCCCCUCGGCCACACUUCUGUAGCGGUGCCGAGUUUGGGGGCGGGGCCGAGGGUUGGGGGGCGGGGCUUUGCACG